UGCUUCAGACCAGUCACCCGCUGCACUGGCUCCACUUCGCGUCGAUUUUUCCAGCGUUCUAGCUCCAGCUUUUCGUUUCGGCCCCCACAUAAUGCCAAAUUAUGCAACUGCCUUCUGUUGGCAGUAGCGGCGAAAAAACAGGCAAAAGGCAAACAUUCCGGCUUAUGAACAAACGAUAAGCUGCUCAACCGUUCCCACUUGGUCGCCAACUGUUCCCUGCGCUGAGCGCAACAUGUGGGCGCUGUGACGUGCAUUCGGAUAAGGCUCAUCACCCGGCUCAUUGAUAUGCCCCAGAGUGCCUAGGAAAAUCACCGGCAGUCUGCGUUAAAAAAAGCGGAAAAAUCACACGCAAUAUGCAAUAAUCGGGGACUUUUUCCACUGGACUGACUCAUGACUCAUUGCUAUGGAGGAUCGCAAUCGCAUCUGGACCACGGGCAACAUUAACCAUGGCUUCUUCGGCGACAAUCUGCAGCAGCAGCCGUUGCCCCUGCAGAGAUUGCAGACACCAGGUAACCUGAGCCUUCUUGCGGCACCCAUUCGAGCCAAUGGCAGUGGCAAUGGAAACGCAACUGCCAAUGGACAUGGACAGCAUUCGGCCACGGAGAGUGCGAAUGGAAAGCAGCUGCCCUUCGAGCCCGUAUCCUCGCACCUAAUUGGCAUACAAUCCAAGUUUCGUCGGAGCUAUUACCACAAAGUGGUGCUGGGCGGACUGGUGGCCCUCGUAAUCAUUCUGCUCAUAGCAAUCAUAGUCGUAAGCCUAGGCCUUAAGAAAUCCAGCUCGAUUUGCCGGAGCAAGGAGUGCAUCCGCACAGCGGCCAGCCUCAUCUAUGCGAUGGACGAGCAGACUGAUCCCUGCGAGGACUUCUACAAAUUCACCUGUGGCCGGUGGGCCAACGAGCAUCCGCGUCCGGAUUCGGUGACCUCGAACGAUUGGUUCCGGGAGCGUCAGGCGCACAUAAUGCGUGUGGUGCGCGAGUUCCUCCGCUCGAAUAUCACCAAAUCGGAACCGGAAGCGGUGGGCAAGGCGAAGACCAUGUACAGAGCCUGCAUGGAUACGAAGCUGCUGGACAAGCGGGAUCUGGAGCCACUGAUUAACUAUCUGCUGCGUUUCGGACUACCCAUUCUGCCCUCCGCCUUGAAUCUCACCCUGGGAAGUGGCUCCAAAUAUGCCACAGAGGCAGCCAAUAUUAAAUACAACUGGCUGCAGUCCAUUGUGUCCAUUAAACAACAUCUCACAAUGGAUCUCCUCAUAGGGUUCGAUGUCUUUCCGGAUCCGUUUAACCGCACCAUUAACCGCAUUGCCCUCGGAACUCCAGAGACUGAUUCGGCGUUUCCCUUCAACAACGACGACUCCCAUAAAAUGCUCCGAAAGAUCCACCGCAAGACCAUUUUCAUGCAGAACAGCGACGAUGAGGACGACACCGAGGAGGAUCGGGAGAGCGAGGAGGAGGAGGCGGCCAAGCAGACCAGCACGGGAAUGACCGCCUAUCUCUACUACGUCCGGAAAGUCAUCGAGAAGUAUCUGCUUUACGUGGACCCGAAUGUUAACCAAGAGGAGGCCACUCUGGGCAUCACCGAGUUGGUCAAACAGGGCGUUAAAGUCGCAAGGAAGGUGCAUGAGUUUAAAGAGAACGCUGAAAACAUGACCAAGCCAUCGAAGAACCCGGCAGAUGACAUUGUCUACAUUACCCUGCAGGAUCUGCAGAACCAAACUGACAAGAACAUUGCACCCAAGACACUGCCCAUCUGGGUGCGUUACAUGGAAUUGAUUCUGAAGGGCACUCGCCACGCCGGCAAUAUCCAGAUGACCCAGAACCUGACAAUAGUAACCAGCCAGGCAGACAUCUCGUAUCUGCAGAGCUUGGUGGAGUAUCUGGAGGAGACGCCACCAUCCCACAUCGAAUCCUAUCUGUUUCUGAGCACCAUCGAGGAGCUGGUUCUGCACACAUCCAGUGCGAUGCGAUUGCUCCACUCGGAGUACAUGCGGGUGGCCAUUGGAACAGAGGGCAGCACCCCGAGAUCCCUCUACUGCGCCAAUGGAGUAAACAGUUUGCUGGGAAUGGCAGUGAGCUAUGUCCUGGCCGACGCGGACUUCACCAAGGAAAAGCUGCCUAAAGUCGAGCGAAUGCUGAGUGAUAUUCGACGCUCCUUCGAUCGCCUGGUGAAGUCCACGUCUUGGAUGGAUGCGGCCACCAAGAGGAAAACCAUUCAAAAGUCAGCUGAGAUGAAGAGCUUUAUCGGAUUUCCCCCCUGGCUGCGAAAUGCCACCGUGCUAAAUGCCUAUUACGAGGGGGCGGAGGUGAAUGCCAGCACCCACCUGGAGAACCUCAUGGACUUCGUCCACUGGCAGAUGAUGGACAAGCUGAACGAAAUGGAUAAGCCGGAGCCCAUUGGCUGGGCCACCUCGCCUUCGAAUGUAAAUGCGUUUCAUACGUUUCAAUCGAAUGCAAUCACUGUGCCCAUUGCCAUUCUGCAAUACCCGUUUUACGACCUUGGUCUAGAGGCGCUCAAUUACGGCUCGAUUGGAACCAUCCUGGGCCACGAGCUCACACACGGCUUCGACGACAGCGGCAGGAGGUUCGACCGCGCGGGGAACAUGGUCGAGUGGUGGUCAAAUGGGACCAUCGACGAGUACGUCAAUCGCACGGAGUGCUUUGUGGAGCAAUACAGCCGCUACCACCUCGCGGACAUUGAUGAAUAUAUUGAUGGCGAACUGACGCUGGGCGAGAACAUCGCCGACAACGGCGGCAUGCGGGAGGCCUUCUACGCGUACCGCCUCUACGUGAAGGAGGUUGGACGCGAGCGGUCCAAGUUGCCCGGACUGGAGCACUAUUCCCACGAGCAGCUCUUCUUCAUCUCGUUCGGGAAUCUGUGGUGCGAGACCUACACGCCAGCUGCAUCGCGUUACGCCCUCAGCGAUUCUCAUUGCCCGGGACAGAUGCGCUUGCGGGGAGUGCUCUCGAACUCGGAGGAGUUUGCCAGGACCUUCAAGUGCGCCCGCGGUACCCCCAUGAAUCCCAACCAGCCCAAGUGCCGCAUUUGGUAGUUGGAGUGGUAGUGGUAGUGUGCUCGAGGAAUAAGCAAUUGCAACAGGAACAGUCAAGUGAUUUUUCUACCCGUUUGUACUUAAGCUAGCCAUAUGUGUUUAGAUCAAAUAUACAGGUGUCUUUUGCACGGUUCUGUAUGCAGGUGCAAUUAACUUAAUGGUAAAACGCUUCUCAAUCGAAACCCUCCGAGCUCGCAGCUCAUAAGUAGGCUACGUUUUCAUUGUAAUAGAUAAGAAAGCUCAAUUUUAAUUGCAUUAUUUCGGGCUUCAUGGGUACUUGCU